UCGCUGUGCUUCAAACAGUCCGGUCAGCAAACCUGAUUCAUCUAGCAUAACCGUAAUAAGUUGUUGCUCGUAAAUUGUUAUAGUCUUAAGUGGAAUAUUGUUAAAUGUAUCAAAGUAAAAGUUAAUCUUUUUUUCAAUCAAAGGUUUGUUUUAAUAAAUGAGCGGGCCACAAUGAAAAUCUUACCUGUAUUACUAUGCCUCGCAUGGUAUGCGAAUACUGGAAUGUCCUUGUCGUUGGACCCAGUCGCAUCAAACGAACUGGAACAAUACAUGAAAAAUGAUUUUAUAAUCUCACUCAGACACAUUCGACCACGAAGAAAGUUUCGGCUUGCCAUCGAAGCGCUAUUCAUGAUCAAUUUUCCAACUGAGAAUAAUAAAUUUUCCUUUUAUCUCGAUCGGAAAGCAAAGAGAGUUACUGUCGAUAUAAACUCGAAUAGUAAAUUGUACUCCAAGUAUUUGGAUAUACCUGAAAUGAAUGAAACCACGACUAUUCGGUCUUUGGCAAUUUUGUUCAAACACAACUCAUUGGUAUUGUAUAUAGAUUGCAAAGAAGGUUCAAAAUUUAACCUGGACACUGAUAUUUCAAAACUAUUUAGAAAUCUGGAUGAGCCAACCGUAAAAUUGUUUAGGGAACGUAAGUAUCCGCUACAUUUGGACUCGUCAGUUGAGAGUGCAUUCUCCAGAACAAGUUGCCAAAACUUGUUGAAAAGAAAGCAUUCGAAAAAAUCAGGAUCUGCAGAAAAACUACUGAAGAAUAAAAAAUCUGCAUUUGAACAAGUUGAGGAUGGUGUUGGAUUUGAAAAAAAUAAAAAACGCGAUGUUCGCAACUGGUACCGAGGCAAUGAAAAAUACCGUGAAGAACGAUUUGAAGUGAGAAAUUCCAAUACAAGAGGGGAUAUUCCAAUUCUCCAUGGUGACUGUGACGAAAAUUUGGCCAAGUCACUCAAUGAGCUUAUUGCGAUGGUGCGAGAGCUGCGAGAAGAGGUUAAAAGACAACGAGAGGAAAUUCAGCAUCUCCGAAGUUUGAUUGAAAACUGUGCUGGUUGCCAAAAGUCGCCAGAACCACUUCGUGACAGUUGCCAGCAACACAACCCUUGUUUCCCUGGUGUGCACUGUUAUGACACACAGACUGGAGUUAGGUGUGGUCAUUGUCCACGAGGUUACGUCGGAGAUGGAAUAAAUUGCAAGCCUGGAGUCACGUGUGCCGAGAGACCAUGUUUUUCAGACGUAGCUUGUCACGAUACCGCUGAAGGCGCACAGUGCGGACCAUGCCCCGAAAGAUACGAAGGUGAUGGCAAAACCUGCCACUUCAAGAACUUGUGCAAUGAACAUCUUUGUGCAGCAGGUGUCCAGUGUUCAAUGAUAGAACAACCUCCUUAUUACAAGUGUGGUGCUUGUCCGGUUGGGUUCGGUGGAAACGGAACUGUUUGUCACGAUAUAGACGAGUGUGAUCUCAUUGAACCCUGUGAUGUAAGGGUGCGUUGUACAAAUCUAUCGCCCGGAUUCCGAUGUGAGCCUUGUCCACCAGGAUUUACUGGCCUGCAUAGCGGUGGGUUAUAUGCGGCUACAUUUGACUACGCUUUGCAGCGUCAAAGGUGUAACGAUGUUGACGAGUGCGCAGAUGGAUCCGCUCGAUGCGGUCCUAAUUCGAUCUGUAUCAACUUGGAGGGCUCAUACGAGUGUCAGUGUAGCAGGGGAUUUAUCCGGAAUUCAACAUACGGCUGCAUAGCGGUAGAGGGAAUGUGCUUGGAUGGCACUAUUUGUGACAAAAAUGCAAUUUGUAAGCAUGCAGGUGGAAAUACUUACAAAUGCAAGUGUAAAGUAGGAUGGGCUGGAAAUGGUUUCCACUGCGGUUUAGAUAGAGACUUAGAUGGUUGGGCAGAUUUCGAUUUAGGCUGUACGGACAGUAGAUGUCGCCAGGAUAACUGCGUGUAUGUGCCAAACUCUGGACAGGAAGAUGCUGACAAAGAUGGUGUUGGUGACGCCUGCGAUCCAGAUGCCGACAACGAUGGUGUGCUUAACAGUCCUGACAACUGCCCUUUGGUACACAAUCCUGAUCAAUUAGACACCGAUAAGGAGGGUGGUGAUAAGCAGGGAGAUGCAUGUGAUAACUGUCCCACGGUCGCGAAUAUUGAUCAACAUGACGUCGACAGGGACGGCAUUGGCGAUGCCUGCGAUCCGGAUAUCGACAAUGAUGGCAUUUUGAAUGAGAGAGAUAAUUGUCCAAGGAAGGCUAACACCAAUCAGCUCGAUACUGAUGGAGACGGAAUUGGUGAUGUCUGUGACAACUGCCCAGCUGUUGCCAACGUCAACCAGAUGGAUUCCGAUAAUGAUUUGAUCGGUGACGCAUGCGAUAGCGAUAUCGAUAGGGAUCGGGACGGAAUACAAGACAGCCAAGACAAUUGUCCUAAACUGGCAAACUCCGAUCAGCUGGACACCGAUGGAGACGGUAGAGGAGACUUGUGCGAUCCUGACGCGGAUAACGAUGGAAUUCUGAAUGCCGAUGACAAUUGCCCGAUCGUACCAAACCCGGAUCAAACUGAUGCCAACAACGAUGGUGUUGGAGAUAUUUGUGAAGAGGACUUUGAUUUAGAUCUUAUUCCAAACUACUUGGACAACUGUCCCAACAAUUCAAAAAUAUUCUCAACUGACUUCCGGACAUAUCAGACUGUUGUGUUGGAUCCUGAAGGAGAUUCACAGAUCGAUCCAAAUUGGGUUAUUUAUAACAAGGGAGCAGAAAUAGUACAAACACAAAACAGCGAUCCAGGGCUGGCCGUUGGGUACGAUGCAUUCGGUGGAGUUGAUUUCGAAGGAACAUUCUUCGUUGACACUGAGAUUGAUGACGACUACGUUGGGUUCGUGUUCAGUUACCAGGAUAAUCACAAAUUCUACGCUGUUAUGUGGAAGAAGAACAUCCAGACAUACUGGCAGGCAACACCAUUCCGAGCUUCAGCUGAACCGGGAAUUCAAAUCAAGCUUAUCGAUAGUAGCACGGGGCCAGGCCAGAUGCUCCGUAACAGCUUAUGGCAUACCGGGGAUACGAAGGAUCAAGUCAAACUGUUAUGGAAAGACCCAAGGAAUGUAGGAUGGAAAGAACGUACUGCGUAUCGUUGGUUACUCCUGCAUCGUCCUAAAGUUGGAUUGAUAAGACUUAGAAUCUUUGACGGUGAAAAAAUGGUGGCUGACUCUGGAAACAUUUAUGAUUCAACACUGAAAGGUGGCCGCCUGGGCGUAUUUUGUUUCUCUCAAGAAAUGAUCAUAUGGUCUGAUUUGGUUUAUCGUUGUAAUGACAAUGUACCAGAGGCAAUAUACAAGGAGUUACCACCUCGCUUGCAAAAAGAUGUCCAGGUUGACUACAAAACUUAAUUUUCCUUAAUAUAUGAAAAAUAGUUCAAUCACAUUAUUCAAAACUAAUUAGUGUACAUCUUUGACUUGAUUAUUUUAAGUCAAGAUUCAAACCAAAUCUAAUUUAGCAUUCUUACAAAUAUAUGUUUAAUACAUUAAAAU